AUGGGAUCAGCAGGUUCAUUGGUCAAUUUUUCCGACGGUACAGCUGCCACAAAAUUCACAAUUCAAAUUGAUCUCUUCGCGUCUAUUGAGUUUACGGUCUAUUUCUGCGAUCGUGUUGAGGUUCUUCUCAGAUUUCUUUCCUUGAUUAGAGAUAAAGUGAUUUCAAAAACUGAUAUAUCAGCUCAAAAGCACAGACAGAAAUUCUUCAUGGAGAACAUUUACGGCGGCGAUGGUGGAAGCGGUGCGAGAGCUCCGAAGCUCAAAUCCUUGACCGGUAACGUUACUCCUCCGACUUUAAGUCCGCAGAACUUGAUCGGUCGAAGCUUUUGGCACCGUCAUCAUCAUCUCCACUCGCCGAAGACUUCGAUUUUGGAUCCUUAUGCAUCAUCCGACAGCUGCUCUGAUUUUUCCAGUCAGGACUCGCCGCUAAUUCGCUACCUCACCUCGAGCUCCGGUAGCGGCAUCGGAUCAAGCAGCCGCAGCAGAGGAGGAAAAAGCUUAUCGCCGCUGCCUCUCUCUUCAAUUGAAAACUUCGAGAUGACACCGCCGAGAUCGAAACCGGCGUUCAAUUUUCCGGUGAAAAUUGAGGAGGACGUGAUCGUCAUGGACGGCAUUCUCGUCGACUCCGGCGAAAUUCGCGCGCCAAAAUCCAAUUCUGGUCCAAGAAUGAAGUCUACUCUAACAUCACCGGACACCGGUGGGAGGCUGCUGCCUUCAAUGCCCUCGCCGUUGACAACCGGUAAAGAGAACAACAACUUUUACAAGAAGGAGAACUGCCGGUCAAACGAAGAAAUUAUCUCUAAUCGCUUCGGCCCCAAAUGCCAGGUUGCACACGGCUGGGAAGAGGUGCGUUCAAGUCGUUUCAUCAACAAGACCAAAUUGGAGGCACAGCCCUGCCAGUUGUUCAUAGCAGGAGUAUGCCCAUAUGGCUCAAAGUGCCGUUAUCUCCACACUAAUCAAGUCAACGAAGUUUUGCCAUCUUUGGAAGCAUCGACCCCAUCAAAGGUUUUGCCAUCAAUGGAAGCAUCUUCUACUCCAUCAAAGGUUUUGCCUGCACCGACUAGAAAAGUUUCACCAAUCAAUCCAGAAAUCAGGUCAGACGGUGGGCGCAGCUUUGGUGACAACACCCCUGCGAACAAAGAUUGGUGUCCCCUGGAUGAUGGUAUAAAGAUUACUAGGCUGCCUGGUUUGGGCGACAAAACUCCCUCAAAGGAAGAGGUUAAUGCCCGCAUAAAGUCGGUUCUCCAUGGCCCUUCUGUGAAGAAAAGGCUAUCAGUCUUCACUGAGUUUUGCCCGGAGUAG